CGGAAGUGUUACUCGGCGAAGUUUCUCUGGUUCUCUCCAUUGUAGAGCAGUAUGGUAGAGAUUUCGUGUUGAACGUAGUUAACGUGUGGAUAUAAGGGAGGACCAUGCCACAGAACGAGUACAUCGAACGCCAUCGGCGCCUCUAUGGGCGCAGGCUUGACCACGAUGAGCGGGUGCGCAAGCGGGAAGCACGUGAACCUCACAAACGAGCUGAAAGAGCACGCAAGACUCGUGGUCUCAAGGCCAAAAUGCUCAACCGCCAACGCCGCAAUGAGAAGAUCCAGACAAAGAAGAAAAUUCGUGCCCACGAGUUGAAACGUACCAAAAAUCGUGUUGGUGAUGGGGAGCCAUCAGGUGGAGCUUUGCCAGUGUAUCUUCUGGAUCGUGAGGUCCAACAGCGUGCCAAAGUUCUGUCCAAUAUGGUGAAACAGAAGCGUAAAGAGAAAGCAGGGAAAUGGGAUGUUCCAUUACCCAAAGUUCGUGCACAGGCUGACUCGGAGGUUUUCAAAGUUCUUCGCACGGGCAAAUCGCGUCGCAAAGCAUGGAAACGUCUUGUUACGAAAGUGACUUUUGUGGGGGAGGGCUUCACUCGUAAACCACCUAAAUUUGAAAGAUUUAUCAGACCCAUGGCAUUGCGGUUCCGUAAGGCACACGUAACACAUCCAGAAUUGAAGGCAACAUUCUGCCUACCAAUUAUUGGAGUUAAGCGUAACCCAAAUUCACCCAUGUAUACAUCAUUAGGUGUAAUUACCAAGGGAACAGUAAUAGAAGUUAAUAUAAGUGAACUAGGUCUUGUGACACAGGCUGGCAAGGUGGUCUGGGGAAAGUAUGCACAAGUCACAAACAAUCCAGAAAAUGAUGGUUGCAUUAAUGCUGUGCUGCUUGUAUAAUGUUUUCUGAUCUUGAGCUAUGUGCUAAUGGUUGUCUACAAUAUGACUACAAUGUGAUGUAUUUGUUUGCAUAAUAAAGUACAGAAUUGUAUAAACCAUUUGAGUGAAA